AGGGAAUUAGUUUUCACAACCAGCAGAAAAAAUAUGUUCAAAGGCAUUAGGAUUGUUUUUCUUAAAAGGACAUAGGCAGCCCGAAUAGGAAAAGUGAGCAUCUAAGUCUGAAAGUCAUAGGCACUACCGUCUGGCUCAAGUUGCAGGCUCUAUGGGAGAUGUGCCUUUCGUGUGGGGGAGAGAGACUAGAGUCGGUCAGGACAACUAAAAAGAAAGAUAUGACUGUCAGAAGCUCGACUAUAAAAUAAACAAUGGCUAUCUACUGCUGUGGUCAACAGAUUGUCUUGUAGGUACGUCUGGGCCGGUCCUGCCAUAUUUCAUGGAGUAAGUCAACUGAUGGAGUUUCUUCCCUUUGGAGUAUCUUAACUUUUGGAGUUUCUAAACUUUUGGAAUUUCUAAACUUUUGGAGUACCUCAACUUUUGGGAUAACUAAACUCUUGGAGUAUCUUUGCUAAUGGAGUAUAUAAACAUUUGGAGUAUCUAAGCAUUUGGAUUAUAUCUAAACAUUUGGAGUAUCUAAACAUUUGGAGUAUCUAAACAUUUGGAGUAUCUAAACAUUUGCAAGUGUAGAGUGUCUGAAGUUUGAAGGUCUCUAAACAUGUGAGACACCGCUCUCUCUUGUUGCUGGGAUUGUGUGCUCCCGAGGGGGACUUUGGGUGAUGUAACACACACAUGACCACCCACGUGAUAGCCGCCUUCUGUGAUAUGGACACUCGGUCGGUAAUAGACUGAGGCUAAUUAUUUAACUACCGGAUUAAAUUGAGGCUUACUGUGAGACCCAAGCGGUGCCCGGUCAAGCCAUUCACCAUGAUGGACUUUCACCACCUAGAUAUCCAGUCUAUGAUGGAUCCUUAUUCUUACUCUACAGGCAACUUCCCGCGCUUGUCGGCCUUUCCUUCAAGUGGCUACGUCAGCAAAUCAGAUGUGUUCAGGCCAGACAACGGGGCCUCCGUCCGUCCCUUCCCCAGCGUCCCCAUGCUACACGACCAGACCGGCAGCUCCGUGGGGGGCUCCCCGUCCGGGGGCGGGGGCGCCAUGCUGCCAUCCUUCGGCUUCACGCAGGAGCAGGUGGCCUGCGUGUGUGAGGUCCUGCAACAGGGCGGCAACAUUGACCGACUGGCCAGGUUUCUCUGGUCCCUGCCGGCAUGUGAACAUCUACACAAAAACGAGAGCGUGCUCAAGGCCAAGGCCGUUGUGGCCUUCCACCGCGGCAACUUCAAGGAGCUGUACAAGAUCCUGGAGAACAACCAGUUCUCCCCCCACAACCACCCCAAGCUGCAGGCCCUCUGGCUCAAGGCCCAUUACGUCGAGGCCGAGAAACUUCGGGGCAGGCCGCUAGGUGCCGUCGGGAAAUACCGAGUUCGUCGGAAAUUCCCGCUUCCCCGAACCAUUUGGGACGGAGAGGAAACUAGCUACUGCUUCAAAGAAAAAUCAAGGACCGUUUUAAGGGAAUGGUAUUCACACAACCCGUACCCCUCCCCCCGCGAGAAGAGGGAGCUGGCCGAGGCGACGGGUCUGACGACGACACAAGUCAGUAACUGGUUCAAAAACAGGCGGCAGCGAGACAGAGCCGCAGAGGCAAAAGACAGAGAACAUCCGGGUAUGCCCAACCAACCAGGGAUGCCCCAAGACCCCAACUCCCCGGGGUCAGAUAUUAAGGAGGAGCACAGCCCCGACUCGCUGGGCGCCCACACCAAACUGGAUGAGCAGUCCCCGCCCCACCCGUCCGCCAUCUACGCUGACCUCCAGAAGGCCUCCAGUAUGGCCGCCUCUGCUGGCAGUAUGAUGCACAGUAUGAUGGGUCACCACGGUCACCCUGGUGUUCACAUGAGUCACCACCUGCAGAACCCGGCUGUGGGUGGCAACCCGGGGGUAAACCACAUGUUACAAGACUAUCAGACUUUAUGACAUUGAAGACAACAACACCUUCGACCUCACAGUCCGGGCUCAGAGAGACACGGCGCCCUCACAGUCCGGGCUCAGAGAGACACGGCGCCCUCACAGUCCGGGCUCAGAGAGACACGGCGCCCUCACAGUCCGGGCUCAGAGAGAGAGGAGCCCAGCCCAACACGGCGCCCCCACAGUCCGGGCUCAGAGAGAGAGGAGCCCAGCCCAACACGGCGCCCCCACAGUCCGGGCUCAGAGAGAGAGGAGCCCAGCCCAACACGGCGCCCCCACAGUCCGGGCUCAGAGUUAGAAGAGCCCACGGCGCCCUCACAGUCCGGGCUCAGAGAGAGAAGAGCCCACGGCGCCCCCACAGUCCGGGCUCAGAGUUAGAAGAGCCCACGGCGCCCUCACAGUCCGGGCUCAGAGAGAGAGGAGCCCAGCCCAACACGGCGCCACGCACCCUGCCUAGCUUUGUCCUACACAAGUUUGUGACGUUGAAGAUCUAGCGGCCAGCAUUGAUCCAGCUAGCGGUGAGCUAAAUACGGAGCAGGGAUUCGAUUACAUUUAAUUAGUCGUAUCGUUAUGAGGCUUGUCUAAGGGCGGUAAUUACCUUCCGUUGGUGAUGCUAGGUGCGAUAACUCUGGUUGACACUACAUAAAAGUUAGCUCCACACUGUAUGCCCGGAUAUUUCCCUAUUUGAUCUGGAUGUUCCGUGGAUGUCAAGUAUGCUGCAGCAGUAUCUACUGGAUAGUCCAGCCUUGUGUUUGUUGUAUCCAGUGGAUAUCUCGUGUCCAUUUGGAGAUCCACGGGGUCAGACACGAGAACCCAGGACAACACACCCAGUCGACACAUGUGUCCAACACACCCAGUCGACACAUGUGUCCAACACACCCAGUCGACACAUGUGUCCAACACACCAUGCUAGUGUGUACAUCUGACACCAUUGGACACGAUGCUCUACAGUCUACUGUGUCUUGAUGACAUCGCUCGAGAGAUGCACACUCUAAAACUUUGAUUGUAAGGUGUUUAACACCACAGCUAAAAGGUG